AUGGCUCUGGUGGCCCCCUCUUGGAGAGAGACACCGGCGCUUGUUAACCCCAUCCCGACGAGUUUGAACUCUUUGUCCAACGGUUUGAACCCUUUGACUCCUUCUGGUAACUUGAAUCCAAUCUCCACGAAUAUUAACCCUCUUACGCUCGAGAAUCCGGAUGUGUCUCUUAUCAAUCGACAAACACCAUCUCAGAACUCGCAAAAUAGCGCUAACAGUGUCGAUAACAAGAAUCAAAACAUCGAGUGUGUGGUGUGCGGGGACAAAAGUUCCGGUAAACACUACGGACAGUUCACGUGCGAAGGUUGCAAGUCAUUUUUUAAAAGGAGUGUUCGAAGGAAUUUGACUUAUUCAUGUCGUGGAAGUCGGAACUGCCCCAUCGAUCAACACCAUAGAAAUCAGUGUCAAUAUUGUCGAUUAAAAAAAUGUAUGAAAAUGGGUAUGAGGAGGGAAGCCGUCCAAAGAGGAAGGGUACCACCGUCCCAACCAUCACUUCCGGGCUUACCAAAUCAAUUUCUCAAUUCCACAGACUCUAUGACGACGUCGAUAAGCAACCACACGUACCUUAGUAGUUACAUAUCAUUGUUAUUAAGGGCAGAACCGUAUCCGACAAGUCGGUAUGGGCAAUGCCUACAAACGAACAAUAUUAUGGGUAUAGAUAAUAUUUGUGAAUUAGCAGCUAGGUUACUUUUUUCCGCAGUUGAGUGGGCUAGGAAUAUACCGUUUUUUCCUGAUCUCCAAGUCACCGACCAGGUGGCACUACUUAGAUUAGUUUGGUCAGAACUGUUUGUGCUAAACGCAAGUCAGUGUUCCAUGCCGUUGCAUGUGGCACCCCUAAUUGCUGCUGCCGGCCUCCAUGCGUCGCCAAUGUGCGCCGACAGGGUGGUGCAAUUUAUGGAUCAUAUUAGGAUAUUUCAAGAACAAGUAGAAAAAUUAAAAGCUUUGCACGUGGAUUCAGCAGAAUACUCGUGUUUGAAAGCCAUAGUACUCUUCACGACUGACGCAUGCGGCUUAAGUGACGUGGCCCACAUCGAAUCAAUCCAGGAGAAAUCGCAGUGCGCGCUGGAAGAGUACUGCCGAUCUCAAUAUCCAAACCAGCCUACUAGGUUUGGCAAAUUACUGCUCCGUUUGCCGAGCUUAAGGACUGUUAGUUCCGCGGUGAUCGAACAAUUGUUUUUCGUGAGAUUGGUCGGGAAAACUCCGAUUGAAACAUUGAUCAGGGACAUGCUUUUGUCUGGUAGUUCGUUUUCGUGGCCGUACAUGUGA